AAGCAGCGGUUUUACCCAAUUCAUCCCUUCCACGUCUUCUCUUUGUUUGGUUGCAAGAUGGAGGGACUAUCGGUAGAGCAAAUGGGCCGAUAUGCCAGUCCAAUCAAUCCAGCCGUAUUUCCUCAUCUGACCAUUGUGCUUCUUUCUAUUGGAAUAUUCUUUAUGGCUUGGUUCUUUGUCUAUGAGGUCACAUCCACCAAGUACAGCAGAGACAUCUACAAAGAGCUGCUGGUGUCAUUAGUUGCAUCUCUUUUUAUGGGAUUUGGAGUGCUCUUCCUGUUACUCUGGGUUGGAAUUUACGUAUGACAAUAGGAACUUUGUAACUAUAGAGAGAGAAGCAAUCUACAUGAACAAUCAACUAUUCUGCAACAACUUAAGAAGAACUGUCGUGCUAAGCAUGGCAUAAGUUCUCUGUGGACACUUGUGUUUUAACAGAGAGAAAUUUCCUUUAAUGUAAUAGUAAUAAAAAAAAGUUAUUUGUCUUUGCUAA